AUGGAGUAUACAAACAGAAAGCUUUAUGGUGGAGCAAUAACAUUGGAUAUUCCAAAAGAAUUUGAUGAUGUUAGUAAUGUGAGAGUGAUUCCUGAUCAUCAAGAAGUUUUUGUUGAUAAAUUUUCAGAAUGUAGUAUUAUUGUUGAAAUUUUGGAUCCUAUCUAUACUGUUGGAUAUGGAAACAACGUUGCAGAAUAUUAUUUUAAUGAUAUUUCUGAAUUUAACAAUUCAUUAAAUACAAAAAUAAUGUACUCGGAGCCAUUAUCUGUGUACUCAAAUGAUUUACAUAUUUCAAAAUGUAUUGGAAUACAGACUUUAGAUAAGAGAUAUCCAGAAGGAGUGCAUAGAGAAGAGUUGAACUUGUACUUGCUAGUUUUAAGGAUUGUAUCAAAGAAUGCUGAUAUUGUUAUAUCUUUUAACAGUCCAAGUAAGCAUUCAACUUCUAAUCAACCAUUGCAUGGAACAACCGACGCGUGUUUUAGAAAACUUACAGAGAUGGAAAUAGAUGAAAUAAUGAACAAGAUAUUAAGAAAUUUUACAAUAAAUGAUUACGAUCUAUUUGUAUAG